AUGAUACAGCAAAAAGAGACACAAAUUCGUAAGCAAUUUCGAGAUGCCGCCCGUAUACAAAAGAAGCAAUUCAAAUUACUUCAAGAAGAGCGACUUAAAUUACUACGACGCUCCGAUCUAUGCUCCAGCCAGCAUUCGGUUUGUCUCAUGCCUGUGACUAAUUCUACUUCAACUGAUACUUCCGCGACCAAUAAUCCCACUUUUACCACUCUUCCGGGCGGACCUUGUUCGACCUCUUCACUAAUGCACGUUCAUAAUGGCCCAACUUCGCUACCUAACACUUCGGGACUUACAGAGACUGGCUCUAUCUCUAGUCACCUCGGCGGAGCCCUGAGGAGCGAACGUGAAAUCCUAGAAAACCUACGCAUUGAGGAGAAACGUAAGCAGGCCGACCUCGAAGCACAGUAUGAGAAGAGCAUUUCAGAGCUAUAUGAGCGACAAAAUGUAAGUAACUUCUGGACCCAUUUUUCUGUCUUAGCUUUAUAA